AUGGUAAUGUCAAUUCUUCAAAUUAUCCUCUUGGUGAUGGUUAAGUGUAGCCUUUCCAUGAAAGUGUUGCACCAACUGCCUCAAUCAGAGAUACUUGAUAUUGUUGAGCGUUCGUGGAUAGAGAAUGACAUUCCCAUCGAAAAUACAGGACUUGACAGUACUGAUGAAAAUGAGCUGGUUGUUUUCAUUUUGAGACCAACAAGCAUCAAUGUUUGCAGCAAAGAUCUUCUCCUGGAUCAUUUGCCAAAACAGAACAACAAACUAUAUGCUGACGAUGCUGCAGACCCAAACAUUCUGAUAGGGCCCAUGGAAAAAAUCAGAUUAUACCACCAGUUAGGGGCUAAAAAAGUUAAGACUGUUGUGGACGAGGAUUUCAUUUACCUUUUAGAUGAAGGUUUUGCUGUUGGGAUGAGGGAGAACAACAGUCUAUACAACUAUAAGAGGAGUACCAGCCCUUGUAUCUUGUCUGCACCAAGAGACAAGUUAAACAUACUUUUCAGGUUUGCAAAUUAUGUUCCCCGUGUAAAUGCAGCAGUAACGUGGCCAGACUCCUUCAACUGGCAUGGUUAUUGUCACAUUUGUGAUGAUAUCCUCAAGUCUCCUACAAAACUUGAGAAGGAUGGACUUAUUGUCAUUGCUGGGUUUAUAUUCCAGUGGACUCCACUCUUGUACAAUUGGCUGUCUACAUUACUGAACCAAGAGGUGAAAUCCAAGAUAUUUUACAUCAUAUACAACAACGUGACUGAGCAUGAGGAGGUAAUCAAGGAGUUUACCAGUAGUUUAGAGGGUUUAGAUGGUCUGGUUCUUGGAACCUCCUUUUUCAAAGACAAAGAUUUAAGUGACAUAAGAGGACACUCUGCUGUAAUGUGCUCAGCUCUGGAAUGCCAGUACUUGUUUACUGUUGACAGUGAGGUGGCCCUCCUUCGAAACAACAUAAUCUCUCACUUGGUCCAAUUUAACAAAUCCGUCAUAACAGCACCUGUUACUUUUGGAAGAGAGCGCUCAAACUUUUGGGGUGAUAUUACUGAGGGAGGAUGGUAUAGGCGCUCACCUGACUACUUUGAAAUUAUCGAUGGCGCCUGGGGGUUAUUUGUUGUACCAUAUAUCAAACUUAUGUACCUGACUCGGUCAGAUGCCCUCCCUGAUUAUCAAGGACAUGAGAAAUACAGUGACAGGAUAUGACACCACCAGACUCCACUCUACCGUUACCAAACUCAGACUUAUACGCUGCAGCGACCAACUGGCAUUCCUGGGUGGAAUUUACUCUGAAUAAACCUGUAGCAUUCAAUGUGCUGCCAGUUGAGGAGGUGAUUGGAGGAUGCUCUGAAGAUGCGCUUGUGUUGCCUUUGUUUACUGAGGUGUAUUGCAAAGCAUUCUUGAGGGCUUUCUCAUCCUACUCGUGGGCAAACACCUCAACUUCCCGAGUGCAAACGUUACUGGUUAUGGAACUACGUUAUCAACUGAUUGUUGAGGGUGUUAUCUCCAAAAGUGUUGUUCCUUAUAUCAAAAUGUUGUUUAACAUUGAGACUACAUUUGAUAUCCCACACGAAGACAUGGUCCUGUUUAUACAGGAGCCGAACGAUAACACAGAAUUCUACCUGAAACGUGGACAGAAGAAAGGUCUGCGAGCUUUUCAUGUGAUCUGGUUCUGGACUGACAGUCUUAAUCAGGGGAUAAACUUCAUGGAUAGAUCCUGCAAAACUCACCUCCCUUCUGGAACAUUACUCGUGAUAGAGGACACCGGAGAAAAGAUGCUUAACCUCAUCGCUACUGAAUCCAGAAAUGUUGGGAUAUAUGUCAGUGUAUUAAGCCUUAAUUAAUGAUUCUAGCUUCUUUAGAUCCCACGGAAGAAGAUUAAAAUUUCGAUCUAGUAGAUAAACUGUUACAGAUAAGCUUAGCUAUUGACUGUUUUGAGAAUACCAUGACAUUUUGUAUAUUUAAUAUUAUAUAAUGAGCAUGGCACGGGUAUUAUAUGGUUUUUGAGUGUUGCAUAUUAUCGAUUGAAUUUUGUUUAGUUUCAAAGAUGACUUUCAUGAAUUGAAUAUAAGAAUAUAAUUUUGUGAGUCCACUGUCUUGAUAGAACGGUUAACCUAA